GCGAGAGUUGCAGCAGGAGGGUUGAAAGUGACCGCUGCGUGUCAACACAGAGCUUCUGGAGCUGCAAGAAUCCUCUCCGCUCCUGCACUUCAGAGAGCCUGUUUCUCCACCGGCUCUUCCAGAUGGACCCCUGCUGUCACUCAGCCUGCUCCGGAUUUUAAGGGCACAGCUGUCUACAAGGGGGAGUUCAAGGAAAUGAGCCUCGCUGACUUCAAGGGCAAAUACCUGGUCCUCUUCUUCUACCCGCUGGAUUUCACCUUCGUGUGUCCAACUGAGAUCAUCUCAUUCAGCGACAAGGCCAGUGAGUUCCACGACAUUAACUGUGAGGUGGUGGGAGUGUCUGUGGACUCUCACUUCACUCACUUGGCAUGGAUCAACACGCCACGCAAGACUGGAGGUUUGGGCAACAUCCACAUCCCCCUGCUCUCCGACCUCAACAAGCAGAUCUCUAGAGACUAUGGGGUGCUGCUGGAGGGUCCAGGCAUUGCUCUGAGGUAUGUUCAUUAUGUGAUCUAUUCACAGCUGUCAUAAAUAGGACAUGGAAAU